AAGUGGAAUGUUUUUUGUCUUCUCCAAGUCUUUUUCUUAAUCCUAAGCUUCACAGUACAUAUUUCCUGAAGGAUAAAAAGAAUAUGAAUAACCAGAAGCUUGCUGAUAAUGCUCUCAUGUGGAAACCAAGUAAACGUUUUGGUGAACCCAUGCGGAAAUUCAAGCAAGUCAUAGAAAAUAAAUAUAACAUAAAUAUAGAUGAUUAUUGGGAUUUUCAUAAGUGGUCAAUCGAGCAUCUUCCUGAACUAUGGGCUGAAUUAUGGAACUUUGCUGGAAUCCUUUAUUCAAAAAAAUUUGACAAGGUGAUAGAUUUAAAUAUACCUUUCGAUGAAUUGCCAGUUUGGUUCGAAGGAGCGAAAUUAAAUCUUGCCGAGAAUUUGCUAAAAUAUAGAGGCGACAAGUUGGCUUUUGUAAUUGCAAAUGGAGCUGAAGGAAAAGAAAGUAUGACAUACUCCCAAUUAUUUGAAGCAUCGAAAUUAUAUGCAUCAGCUUUCAGAAAAUUUGGUUUAAAGAAAGGAGAUGUCGUUGCAUGUCAGAUGUCUAACAGGAAGGAAGCAAUAAUUGCCAUGAUUGCUGUGAUCAGUAUUGGAGCGAUUUGGGCUGGUGUUUUGUCACUUUUGGGAUCGAAGGCUGUUCUCAGUAGAAUCAGGCAAAUUCAGCCCAAAGUCUAUUUUACGAUAGAUCGUAUUCCUCAUGAAAGAAAACAUAUCAGUAUGCUGGAAAAAAUUGAAGAAAUUUCUGAAGGUUUGCCAUCUUUAACAAAAGUGAUAAUCGUCCCUUCGAAUGAAGACGUGCGAUCUAAAGACAUUAGUACCAUUAAAAAUAGCUGCUUUUUAGACGAAUUUUUACAGCUUGUUUGA